GGCGGCACUGCGGGUUGCUUCUGUUACCCCUCCGGAGUCGAGCUCUGCACCAGCUCUCCAGCUGCGUUUUUAAAUCUGCGGUAAAAAAAAGUCGAACAACGCCACAUGCUACAAACUGGAGGGGACGAGGAGAGCACUGUGUCCCCAAAUGGGUCAGAAACAUGGGAAAGGAGGGGUUCCGAACUUUAUUAUUAAAUACUUCCUCUAUGCCAGAAAAAUCAGUGUUCAGGGCUCGGUACUGGGCAGAAUAGGCUGAAGCCACCGACGCGACUAAAGGGGUCGCGGGCGCGGAUCCGGGCUUCCGAGCGCCACAGGGUCCUAGCGGGCGCGGGGGGCGCGCGCGCUCGGAGCGUUCCUUCCCCCGCCCCCCGCCCCGAGGUCUCCUUCCCUCGGGAUUCGGAGCCUCCCAUCCCCCAGGGCCGACUCGCCGCGGGGCUGGAGGGGGUCAGGACGCCGUGACCUAGCUUAGCAACAGGCCUCUCCCCGGCGACGGCGCCGCAACAAGAUGGCGGACGACAGAGACAGGGACGGCACAGAGGUAGCUGUAGCAGAAUUUCACAAAAAAAUCAAAGAAGCUUUUGAAGUGUUUGACCAUGAGUCAAAUAAUACAGUGGAUGUGAGAGAGGUCGGAACAAUUAUCAGGUCAUUAGGAUGCUGCCCUAGUGAAGGAGAGCUACAUGAUCUGAUUGCAGAGGUAGAGGAAGAAGAACCCACCGGAUACAUUCGAUUUGAAAAAUUUCUACCAGUGAUGACUGAAGUGCUACUGGAAAGAAGAUACAGACCAAUUCCGGAAGAUAUCCUUCUUCGAGCUUUUGAGGUAUUAGAUCCAGCUAAACGAGGAUUUCUUUCUAAGGAUGAACUGAUAAAGUAUAUGACUGAAGAAGUUCACUAGUUCACAGAUGAGUCCUGAGUAAUUCAGAGCUGCUAAUCAGUUGAGACAAUCAGAAGUGCAUGAAAUUUUGAGUACGGAAGACUAAGACUGCAUCUCCAUGUGCCGCUGGUUUGACCAUUUUGACUUGCUCCAGCAUUAGGUGAGAAUGCAGAGGGUGAGAGUGAGUGUGCUGUGAUUGUUAGAGCUGCCACCCAAGAACGCAUGACCCUCUUAAAAUUAUCUCAGGGGUGAACUUUGAUGGAAAUGUGAUGUUUCAAAGCAUCAGCUGAGGGAUUAAGCUAAGGGAAAUAAAUACUAGGUUAUAUCAGGCAAUAUGAAUUUAGUCAAAAUGGCCAAAUCAUUAACAGGAUGUGCCUACUGUGUGUGGGUAAGGGAUACAAGAGCACUGAGAGGUAAUAAUACUAAAAUCUGCUCCUUUCUCAAGGAGAUUAGUCUUACAGGAGGGAAUAAAACAAUUCAAAAUGUAAGAUAGUAGAAAAAAGUGAGUAGCAGAAGAUCAGUGUGGUCUGGACCAGCCUGGAAAGCUUGGUCUGGGAAGACUUUAAGAGAAAAUAGGUUUCUAAAGAUGGUAGAAUAAUAUGGAUGAGUUAUCAGGAGAAGGGCUAAAAUAUUAUGCAUUAUAGCACUCCCUUACAUCAUACGUCUCAGCAAGUGCUCGUUAAAUUAAUGAGUGAGUGAGGUAGAAUGGACGAAGGAGCUGAUGACAGGAAGACAUCGAUUGAUAAAAAGCAUGACCAAAGACUGGGAGGUAGGAAUGAGCUUGAUAUUUUGGGAGACUGAGAAAACUCAGAGGGUCUUGUCGGCAAACAGUAGGAAAUGAAUCUAGAUAGAUUAGGCAGGACUGGAUUGUGGAGGCUGAGGCUCUGGAAACUUUGUCUUAUGGGCAAUGGAGAAGCACCGUAGGGUUCUAAGCAGGUGAGCUGCACAGUGCAAGAGGGAUUGUGGGAAGGUUGACCUGGUGCUGGUAGGCUUGUGAGUAGAGCAAGAAAGAGGUUAGACUGGGGGGACCAGUUAGGAGGCUGGUUCAGCAUUUUGAGGGUAUCCCAAUGAGGGCUAUAUCUAGCAGUGGCAAUGGGAAUGGAGAGAAGGGUUUGAUACAAUAGUACUGUCUGCAGAGAGAUCCACAGGUUAUGUAUGAUGAGCAACUAAGUGCAGGGCACCAAGAUGGGAGCUGAGUCAACAUAACAAGGCUUUGGCCUGGGUAGUGGGUAUUAGGGUAAUGGUACUCACUGAAAUAGAGGAAUCAGACCGCAGUGCAUCCAGAGACAAUGCAGCUUUUCACAAUAUCCACAGAAUAUUGAUCAGUUUGAGAAUGCAUUCUAAAUGCCCGGGAUGUUAUAUGAUGAACAUAAUAAGUCACAUUGAAUCAAGCUCCUACACGAUAGAAGUCCACAUGUGUCUAGGUAUGUAUAUGGUGUCAAGUAGUAUUUAUUAGCAGGAAAGAUCUCAAAAGAACUUUUUUGAACUAACACAUAUUGCUGCCUAUGUGCCAGGCAAUGUUCUAAGUGCUAUUCAAAUAAGAACAAUUUUAAUACUCAUAACAAACCUAUGAACUGUGGUGGUGUUGGAGAAGACUCUUGAGAGUCCCUUGGACCAAGGAGAUCAAACCAGUUAAUCCUAAAGAAAAUCAAUCCUGAACAUCAUUGAAAG